AUGACUGACUCACCUCCUUCAGAUACCUGCUCCCAUAACGGGGUUGACUCGGAGCUUCUUUUCAACUACUACGACAUCCGGAAUGGAAAGGUCACCGCUUUACCCCGUGCCAAAAGCGACAGAGUUGAAAUUAAAUCCCUUUCAGACUUGGGCUUCGACAUCUUCACGUACGCCAACUUACCAACUCAUCACAAGAACGUGAUGGAGGACUCUGCCGGCAUCUGGACGCAGUUCUUCCUCAGCAACAAUAUCACUUUGCGCGGACCAUACGACUGCGCAAACAUGUUGAAGUCAAACACCGCAAGUGAUCCUAUUGUGAUCACUGCAGAUGUGCCCUUCAUGUACUACAACACCGAAAAGGAGCUCACCCCGAGGGGCGAGCGGAAAGGUCUGAUCAAUAACACGCCGAUCACUUUGGUGCAUCUCACUCAGGACAAGAGGAGGACCAGGCUUCACAAAAACUUGUUCUACGCCAUCGGCUCCGAGUUUGAUAUGUUCAAUGCUGAUGUGUCGAUAUGCUGCAAGGCCUGUUCUCAAGUUCACGACAUCAGAAACACGCCGUGUCGUCUGGUGACCCGUUUUAUGACGACAGACGGCGCAUUGCGCGAACGAGUCAAGCGGGCGACUGGAUAUGGCGAACGAAUUCUACAUAUUUCGGACAAGUGGGAGAGCUCAUUGCACUCUGUAAACCACAGCGACAACGCGUACCUCUGCUCGGAGUGUGAGGAGAGAGCUGUCGAGCGAGGCGACAUGUGGUAUGAGAUGAGCGGUUCAUGCUCAACAGAAGGAUGCGCGAAUGCGGUAAGGCAGAAUGAAAUGACGACCCAUGAUGGCAGUUUGCGUUUGCUCUUCUUCAUUAGCGAGUGGGAACGCAACAACCUUCCAGACGAUGGCAUUGCCAAGGGCAUUAAAGACGGACGCAUUCAGGUGAUCAAAGGAGUGGAAGCAGGACUGAGCGAAAAUGGUUGCCGAUGGAGCGAGGAGAUCGAAAGAGUGGCGAAAAAGAGUUGUAGCACGGAUGAGAUAGUCACGAUGAAGAGAAUUGUAAUGCAGUGCCCGGGAUUGUCCCAAGAUGAACUGCUAGCGUUGGCGAUGCAGAACAGCCGCCUCGGUGGGUGGCUGGAGGGCAGAAAGGGGGUAAUUCAGCGCAAAAGCGAGGGGUUUAUAAAAUGCGACAAGCACUUCGAGGUCGGGCCGUGGAUCGAAGGCAGGAUCGCCUACGACCGUCGCGGGGUGGCCUGGGAUGUGGUGCAAGAGAAGCCCGUCUUCGUGACUACGCGGAACAAGAUUUCACACAUCGCAGACACUGGCGGAGAGGAGGUGGCAGGUUCGGAUGCGUUGGGUGAGUUUAUCGCGUGAGCAUUGUGUGGGUGCAAACGUGGGGAAGAGGCAAGUUUUGGUGAGAGAGAUUGCUCUCACCACGGAGAGCGCAUUGUGUAUCGGAGGCGCGGCACAUCCACGACAGGGUUGUUUUCAAACUAUCGGUGUGCAGGUAGGGACUAAAAGCGGGGUAGCUCGUGCUCUCCCCUGCAGACUUGUGUGCACAAGUCGCUCCCACUGCGGCAGUGCAGCGGGUGACGGGGGCGGCUUUGGAACAAGGUGCAGCGUAGGCUGCGUCGAGAACUGAAAGGUUUGCACUCGUUGAAGCUGACUUUAAGGUGAGUUUGUUUUUCUCCCGUCGCGUGUUUAGGCUGGGUACCGAGAUGCCGUAAAGAAGACACCGUUGCUCGAUUGCAGAGCUU